AUGCCUUCCAUCACUCUUCUUGCUCUCCUGGGCACCGUGGCUUCUGCAGCCAAAGUCUGCACCAAUGUGACUGUUCCCGUCUACAUCAAUGCAAGACAGGCCGUCUUUGACGUUCCUACCUUCGAGUCAAACUUCGAUGCAGUCAAGUUUUCUCUUGACUUUACCAACAUCGGCAUGAACUACACCGACGUUGUCACUACCGGAUUCCAGACUGUCACUGGAAAGUACAACAUCAGCGCCAAGUACUGCAAGCCUCAAGGUGACAACAAGGCCAACCCCGUUGUUCAGGUCUUGACUCACGGUAUUGGCUUUGAUAAGAGCUACUGGGACUUGUCCUACAACAACUACAACUACUCUUACAUUGAUGUCGCCGUUGCUGCUGGCUACCACACUGUUUCAAUCGACAGAUUCGGAAUUGGCAAUUCUUCCCACGCCGAUCCUCUCAACAUUGUUCAGGCUCCUGCUGAGGUUUCUGCUCUGCAUGAAAUCACUUCGAUGCUCCGUAAUGGCACCUUUCCUCAAGUCCACCAGAAGUUUGGCAAAGUGAGCUACCUCUUGACCGCUCUUUACCCUGGUUCUUCUGACGGUGUUGCUCUCACGGGAUUUUCCAUGAAUGGCACCUGGCUCGGUCAGACUCUUGCUGACUGGAACCUUCAUCUCGCUCGUCUCAACCAGCCUUUACGCUUUGGCAAUCAAUCCGUCUCGCGCACCAAGACCAACACUGCUUGGCUCAGCCAAAACGUCAUCUCAAUCCUUCAGUCUGCUCUCAGUGCUGUUGGUAUCAACUUUUCGAGCUCUGAUAUUUGGCAAGAAAUCGCCACCACUGAGGUUGGUGACAUUAUCAACGGCUGGAAUGCUACCGUGGCACCUCCUGUUACUCUCGGAGAGAUCUUCACUCUUGCCAAUGGUGCUCCUGCUACCUCUCCCCACACUGGUCCUGCUCUUGUCUUGACUGGUCGUCAAGGCGACUGCCUCGCUACUGGUGGUGCUGCUGCUAGUAUUCCUGCUGGUGUUGCUAAGGCAUUUCCUAAUGCUAGCAAAUUCGAGGCAUAUAUUCACCCCAACACCGGUCAUGGAAUUAACUUCCACUACAACGCUACCGGUGCCUACAAUGUCAUCCAGAACUUCUUUGCCUCUAACGGUCUCCAGAGCUCAUAG